UUGAUUUCCAUUUCAAAUCAUCGAGAAUUCUAGAACGCCGAAGGCAGCCACCGUAAUUCACCGGCGCCGCUUUCAAUCGGAGGAGUAGAGAUGUCGAAAACACUCGUGCAGCCUGUAGGGCAGAAGAGGCUGACGAACGUCGCGGUGGUGCGUCUCAAAAAACACGGAAACCGCUUCGAAAUCGCUUGCUAUAAGAAUAAAGUCCUCUCUUGGCGCUCACGCGUAGAGAAAGACUUGGAUGAAGUGUUGCAGUCACAUACUGUGUAUUCGAAUGUUUCGAAAGGUGUUCUAGCUAAGUCGAAAGAUUUAGUCCAAGCAUUCGGGACAGAUGAUCAAACUAAAGUUUGUUUGGAGAUUUUAGAGAAAGGAGAGCUGCAAGUUGCAGGGAAGGAGAGGGAGUCCCAAUUAUCCAGUCAAUUUAGGGAUAUUGCAACUAUAGUUAUGCAGAAGACUUUUAACCCUGAAACUAAACGACCUUAUACCAUAAGCAUGAUUGAGCGUCUAAUGCACGACAUACAUUUUGCCGUGGAACCAAAUAGCAGCUCAAAGAAACAGGCAUUAGAAGUCAUACGCGAGCUCCAAAAGCUGUAUCCAAUCAAACGAUCACCCAUGAGACUGCGAUUAACUGUACCAGAAAAGAACAUGCCAUCACUUGUGGAAAAGAUCAAUGGUUGGAAUGCUACCAUUGUUUCAAGAGACGAAUCAGGAAGUCAGCUGUCUGUUAUUUGUGAACUGGAACCAGGUUUUUUCCGUGAUUGUGAUGCUUUAGUGAGGAGUCUGCAGGGAAGAUUGGACAUUCUUGCAGUGAAUGUGCACUUGGAUAGUGAUACACAUGUGGAUCACUAUGAUGAUCUUGAGGAGGAAUCAUCAAGCGUGCAGGUCGUCUCUAAGGCCCCCAUUGUUCAACUGACUGAAAAACUGCAGAAGCAAACAAUUUCCUCGAACGAGGGGAGUUCCCAGGGAGAGGUAAAACAGCAAAAAUGCAACACCUGCAAUGCUUUUGUUGGUGAUGCAAAGGAGUACCGUGAGCACUUUAAGAGUGAAUGGCAUAAGCACAACAUGAGACGAAAGACGAGGCAGCUCCCUCCCCUUAGUGCUGAAGAAUGCAUGGGUGACAUGGAAAUCAUUGACUCCAAAGCUGAUCUCAAGGACUACUCAUUCUGACUUGGGAUGUAUUUUGUUGUUUGAACUGCAUUUAUCAUGAGUAGAUGAUUUUGUUCACUUUGUAUCACACAUGGAAAAAGAAGUUGCUGAUUUGUAUAAGGCUGCUGUGUAGUGGAAUUGAGGGUGUGGUUCAAUGUUUGGUAUCACAUAAAUAUUUACCA